UUCUCUUUCCUUCAGUGUCCUGACAGUCAUUUCUUCAUCUCCUACAAUGAGGUUCUUGUGUGCUACUGUCUGAGAGAAGCCGCAGAAAUGCCUUGGCGCGGGAGCAGGAGACGUCAUGGAUUCCUGAGUGUGGGGCUUUGCAGGAAAGCCCUGAGUCUCGGACAUGGACCGGCUCCAGGUUUCCAUGGCAAACGCGCACAAACAGGAGGAAACACUGAGGGAAUCCCGUUAUUUUACAGCAUGGGAGCAUUAUAAACACCCAGAGCGAGGAAGGAAGCCGCUCUCGAUGCUUAAGUAAUCCUCACAGAGCUCGAGGAAAGGGGGGGACCUCAGAGCAGAACCGCUGCUGAAGCCGAAGCGGACGCACGCUCUUUGAUUCUGAAAGGGAGUUUUGCGCCGCCUUAAGUUUUUAAACAAUAAACGAAGAUUUUUCUUUCUCUCCUCGCAACAUCUAACCGAAGAACGUCUUCUGUGCUAUGCUUUUUCAGGGAGAGUAAUUUUUACUGCAUAUAUAUACUUUUUUUUUUUUUUUUAGUAUUGUUCCUUUUUUUCCGCUUUCUUCUCCAGAUGUUUAGAGAGAAUUGGAGGCUGGCGCAGUACCACAUGAUGAGGUCCAUGGAUCAAGAUGACCCUGGCCUUGCCUCUCACAAGGUCCUCCGUCCUGAAUCUGAGCAGGUUUUCCCUUUGGAUGAGCAGUACAGGAUCAAGUCCUGCAACUCCCCUUACUCCAACCUCAACCCCGAAGUUCUCUCAGGGUACGGAAACCAGGAGGCCAGAAACUACCUGGACAACACCCGGCCCCCAGGUCUGGCCCUGAGCCCCCGGAUCGAGAUCACCCCGUCCCGAGAGCACUACAGUCAUGGCCGGGACUCGCUGCCGAACCAGCACUUGAACCUCAGCCCCAGACCCACCCUCACUGUGCCCGGCCAUGAGAGCCUCGCCUACCGUGAGCCCCAGUGCCUGAGUCCCGCCAGCAGCAACUCCUCCACCAGCUGGCACUCUGAGAGCUACUCGCCCUGGGCGUCCCCCUGUGUUUCACCCAGUAGCGGCCCAAAUCCAGCAGAUCUCUGCCCCCGCAUGCAGAACAUCCACACCUGCUCCCCACGCACCUCCCCGGGUACCUCCCCUCACACCAGCCUUGGAGAAGACGGCGGCCUGGGAGCACGCUCGCCCUCUCCCCGACCGCGCUCCACCUCCCCGCAGGGCAAGCGCACCUACGAAAUGUACCGGAAUCCGGGGCUGAUACCUGGGCAGCGGUCCCGCAGUCCGUCCCCUCACAGCGGCCAGGAGAACCCCAACACGGGAGCUCAUUUCGCACACGUUGUUGAGGGCGUGAAUGGAUUUGGCAGCAGUCAGCCAGGCAUGGUGCCCACCAAAAUAGUCAAGACCUCCAACCAACUUUACGCUUUAAUCCCAGAGAAUCACGGAGACGGGAACUACUGUGAUCAGGACAUUAAAACCAAACCUUCUGCAGAGCCUUUCUAUGUUAUCCCAUCAAUCUGGCCCAAGCCGCUGGUUCCCAAUCUCUGCAGCCUCCCAUUGACCACAGCCCCACCACUGGAGUGGCCCCUUCCUAGUCGCACAGACCAGUAUGAGCUCCACAUUGAGGUGCAGCCCAAGCCGCACCACAGGGCUCACUAUGAGACAGAGGGAAGCAGGGGCGCAGUUAAAGCCCCCACAGGAGGACAUCCAGUGGUGCAGUUGCACGGCUACAGAGGCAAAGAUCCAGUUGGCCUCCAGAUUUUUAUUGGUACCGCAGAUGAGCGCAUCCUGAAGCCUCACGCCUUUUAUCAAGUUCACCGGAUCACCGGCAAGACGGUCACCACCAACAGCUACGAGAGGAUCAUCAACGGCACCAAAGUCCUGGAGAUCCCAUUGGAGCCAAAGAACAACAUGAAAGCCAUAAUCGACUGCGCUGGCAUCCUGAAGCUCAGGAACGCUGACAUCGAGCUGAGGAAAGGCGAGACGGAUGUCGGUCGGAAAAACACCCGGGUCCGACUUGUGUUUCGCGUGCACAUAUUUCAGCCUGGAGGUCAGGACGUCUGUCUGCAAGUGGCCUCGCAUCCCAUCGAGUGUUCUCAGCGUUCUGCACACGAGCUUCCCAUGGUGGAGAAGCAGGAUAUGGACAGCUGCUCCGUCCUGGGCGGCCAGCAGAUGAUCCUGACUGGGCAGAACUUCAGCUCCGACUCAAAGGUCAUCUUUCUGGAGAAGAGUCACGAUGGCCAGCAACUCUGGGAAAUGGAAGCAACGGUGGACAAAGACAAGAGCCAACCUAGCAUGCUGUUUGUGGAAGUGCCAUCUUACCAUGAUACAUCCAUAUGCCAACCUGUCAAAGUGAACUUCUACGUUAUUAACGGCAAACGGAAGCGCAGUCAACCUCAGCAUUUCACCUUCAACCCACUGACAUCUCCUGCCAUAAAGACAGAACCUCUAGAUGAAUAUGAAGCACAAAAUAUGAGCUUUGGUAUUCCUCAGAUCUUGGGCUUAUCGCCUCAAUCCUAUUACCACAACCCUCGCGGCAUCCUUCACCCAGACAAUGGCCUAAUGUCAGGCAUGGCUUCCUGUCAGCGCUUCAGCCCCAACCUUCCAAACCAAGACGCGCGUUUCCAGCAGCAAAGCCCGGCUAUUGUCUACUCUCGAGGUGGGAAGAGCCUCAGUAGCAGCCCAGGCACGUGGCACUCCGGCGGGGUCAUACCUGACCCCCACCGGUCAGUGCUGGUCCACACAGGCUCACCAGCUCAGUCUGUAGGUCCCAUCAGUUCAGGCCAGCACCCAUCUAUCAUCCAGUUCUCCCCUACCAACCACCACCUGCUCAGGGCUGGAGACGCGGAGACUCUCCCUCCUCCUCAGCCUGAUAACCAGCAGAUCCUUUUCUGCGAUGACUACCCUCCUCAGGCUGGAUCCCACUCACCUGGACACCCCCAAGCCCAGGCAGCGGUGACCCACCAGCAGCCAUGUCCCACCAUCAUCCAGCAGCAGCAGCAGCCGUUUGGGCAGAAGGAGCCCCAGAAGGUCCGGGUGUCGCCCGGGACACAGCCGAUGGAGGUUACCGAAGAAGAACAGAGGAGGGUGACGGUCAAGGAGGAGAACUUGGACCAGGCCUACCUAGAUGAUGGUGAGUUGAAUGAAAUCAUCAGAAAGGAUCUGACGGGGGUUCAGGCCAGAGGUCAGACAUAGACAACGGAGCGAAGCAGGAAGCGACGGCCUAUUCCUCUUCCUGUACCCACAGACAAACAGACACGCAUCAAUGCAAUCAUCUACUCUCCAGCAAGGUGGCGCUCAUCCUCCUACAAUCUGAUCUCCUGGUCAUUGUUUCCCUUUAAACAUAGAGACCGGAACGUCAGCUCCUGGUUGCUGUGUUUGCUUUGGAUGGUUUCCUGCAAUAAACACUUUGUAAACAGAGGAGCUCAUUUUACCAGUAACAUCUGCCACCAGCACCCUAGGGAUUACUGAGAAAACACAGGGACAUGCACCUUAUUUUGAUGAAAAUCUUUACAAGUAUAACCUCAGAAACCAUCUAAAAAAAGAAACGAGUGGAAUAAAGGGAAUAAUUCCUUAAACACGUCCAUAAAGCAGCUUUAUCUGCUCUAUUCCUACAAUAAACUCACACCUCUUGCCUUAUAAUAGCAAAGAUCUGGUUUGUAGCAUGCAGCUAUUUCACCAAAAAUGUCUAACAGGUAAUUGCAAAACCAAAAAAUAAAGCACAAAUCAAUGUUCUCUUGUGGCUUGUAAUAUUUUUCAGCCUUAAUUGCACAAAGUUUGUCUAUAAGUUUCUUUCUGUUGCUUUUCCAAAGCGUUCAUGCUCAUCAUCUCAUUUUAAGUGCAAUUUUGUGCUGGAAGACAAACGCACACAGCCUUAAACAAUCUGUAAAUGAACUAUUGUGACACUGCCUGUUAUGCACUGUUUUCAAACAGUGGUUGAUGUUAUGGCUUCUUAUAUCAUUUGAGUCAUCAGAGUAAAUGAAUAUUUUAUGCUUGUUUUGCAAUAGUAAUUGUUACAGUAACUUGUGAUAAUGCAAUAUUACAUAUAUCUCUGCACAUAUCAAGAGCCAAAAGUGCCACAAUCCAAUAAAUAACUUUUAAACAUUAAUGUAGGCAAUCAUUUAAAUAAAAUUGUAAUAACUACAUUAAAUAAAUAAGUAAUGCAUUAAUAAUGGUUUUAAUAUGUGGUAAAACUAUAUGUAAUUAUUCAGUAUGUUUCUAUGUGUCCUCCAUUACAAGUCUGCAACUUUAAUCCAGACAGCAGUUUUUUGCCCUUUGCCAACUCGGCUGCAGUCCAAUCAUAUUGUCUGUAGCAAAAUCAUCCUCUGUUGCAACACAAAACCUAAAACAAGUGAAUAAAAACAAACAAAUUCUAUAUGCUUUCUACUUGUAAUAGAUAUUGAUUUAAAUUAUUUAUACAUUUAAUAACUAUUUGUAUUUAUAUAUAUAUAUAUAUAUAUACAUUUUUUUAUGUAUAUAUUUGCUGAUUAUAUUUAUAAUUUAUUUGAAUUGUGGCAUUUUUCGGCCCUUGAUAUUCACAUUCUCUAUUUUGGUCUUGUAAUUUUCUUUGUGAAAUAAAAUAAAAAUGGGCAUCUUUCUUUUUUUUCACAGUAAUCUCUGUGGUUUUGUCCACAGUCUAAAGACAAAAAACUGUUUAUAUUGCUCUUUGUAUUUGUUGCUUUUAUUUGCAGUCAUAAUCAUUGUAGUAAAAGCUGCCUAUGCAAAGCUUCCUGCUUUCAGCUGUAAAGAGUGUGCGUAUUAUUAUUAUUAUUAUUAUCAUUAUCUGUAAGCAACAGCAUCAUGUUAAGGGGGUAGUGCUGCAAGACUCAGUCGCACAGUAACAGUUUGUUUUCAUGACAUUUUAUUUUUUGGAACAUCAUAUGUUACUGAGUUACACGAGGAGAAAAGUGUGAGUGUCUCAUGGAAAAUGUCAGUACAAUGAACACUCCAAAGUGAAAUAGAAGACAUUGUCUUUGAUAUGUUCCAUAUUGACGAUUAUCACAGUAAAAUGUCAUAUUAUUACAUUUAAAAUUUGAUAUUUAAUAUUUCUCAUUGAGCCAGUGGAGCACAAAUGUAUUUGACUUUUAAUGAAUGUAAUCUGUAUUAAAUAGUUCCCCCUUUUUCUGUAAAUAAUAGAUGCAUUUUUAUCCAUGUUUCCAGAGCCUGAAAUAGGAGCUAUAUGCUGUUUUUAUAUCAUUUAUCUAUAAUAGAGUUGAGUUAUGAUUAUGUUCUUAAUUCCUUGAAUUAUCAUCAAUCCAUCCAUAACAGUUUCUUUUGUUUUUAUUAUUUCACAAUAUUGAAACCUUUACUAACUGAUGGAUUAUUCAUGCUGUACUAUUUCAGUUUUUUUUGUAGAUGUCUCUAUGUUCAUGUUGAAGUAUGACUUUUCGUGCCUCUUCAAAAACCUCUUCUUAUGGUAUUUUUGUAUUAUUAAAAGAAGCAAUAAAUAAUAACAAUCAUA